GGGCACAGAGAGAGCCAGCAGGACGGGAAUGGGAGCUCCUGGUGAUCUGGGCACUUUCUCCUUCAUGUUACUGACCUGGGAGGAGCCGCUUUAGGACAUGGAUCCCAAAGGAGCAAGAGGUACCAGGAAGCACCGCUGAUCUGCACAGACCCCCUGUGCCUGCUGCUGCCCCACAGUGAACAGGACAUGGAUCCCAAAGGAGCCAGAGGUACCAGGAAGCACCGCUGAUCUGCACAGACCCCCUGUGCCUGCUGCUCCCCACAGUGAACAGCCGAAAUACCCAAGAUAAAUACCUCUGAGGAAGUGGAAUACUGACGUAGCCAAAAAUGCAAUUUCCGACUCCUACGUGACCCCACCCGAUUCUUUGGGAAACAACAGCAGAACAGGGCAGAGAGAGGAGCCAGCAGGACGGGAAUGGGGAGCUCCUGGUGAUCUGGGCGCUUUCUCCUUCAUGUUACUGACCUGGGAAGAUCCACUUUAGGACAUGGAUCCCAAAGGAGCAAGAGGUACCAGGAAGCACCGCUGAUCUGCACAGACCCCCUGUGCCUGCUGCUGCCCCACAGUGAACAGGGAGCUGCUGAGGAGCUGCAUGGUCCAUCCCUGGAUUCUCCAAGCACUGACUCCCUUCCACUCUGACCACAGCCAGGGACCACAUCCCACUGCCUGCCCAGAGUCCAUCCAUGGAGGUGACCACCGUGUGCCCAUCUCCUGCCUCACCCACUGAAGGGGACGAUCUCUGUGAGAUAAAUGUCAGCAACGUGGCCAUACACAGUGUGACACUGCUCAUCUCCCUCUGUGGGCUGGCUGGGAACGGGGCUGUCCUCUGGUUCUACAGCCUGGAUGUUGGUAACCACGACAUCUUACACCUGGCUCUUGCCGACUUCCUCAUCCUUCUUUUCACGGUCCCCUCCGCCCUCCUUUUCCUGGUGGAGGACCUGUCCUGCUCCAUUAUCAUGCCCUUGAUGUACCUGAACUUCCUUUACCAGCUGUCACAGCUCUCCUGCUUCUGGGGGCUGUUCCGGCUGAUGCUCUCCAGCUAUGUGGUCAAUAUUUUCGACCUGUGUGAACGCUACUUCAUGUCCAGCAUCUUCAAUCGCCUGUGGUGGCUGGUGGAUGGUGUCCAAUACUGGGCCUUCUUUGCUCUCUUCACUCUCAUGCCAACACUGACUUCCCUGUGCCCAUCAGACGAGCAGGGACACUGCAGGGCAGCUCUCAUCUCCAUGUACGCCGUCAUCCUGCUCCUCUUUGUUGCCCCCAUGGUCGUUUCCCGUGCAAUCGACAUCAUCAAGGCCAAACGUGGCUCCAGGAAGCAGCAACUCGAGACGCGAGACAUCGUUGUCUUCAUCAUUGUGCUCUUCACUCUCCUCCUUGUCCUCUUCAAUUUCCUGCAGCAACUCGAUUACAUCCUUGUGCCCACCCAGGUUGUUUCCCUGCUCAACUGCAUCUACAGCAGCAUCAAACCCUUCAUCUACUUCGUGGCAGGGAGGUGCUGGAGUCCGUGGUCCAGGGAGUUCCUCUGGGUCUCCCGCCCGAGUAUUUUCAGGAGAAGGAAGCAAACACUGCUGACAGUGAUGAUGCCCCCAGGGAUACGGAGGUCUGAGCCUGUUGAUCCCUUCCACUGCUCUGCUAAAGGACCUUGGCACGUCUUUCCUUGAGUCACCUGAUGAAUAAAUAUCCACAGCAUCACCCUCCCUGUGCUGGUGCACUCCUGCAGGAGAAGGGAGCAGGGGCAUUGCCAGGGGCAAUGUGGGAGGGAUGCUUUGCCAUGGAGCACAUUGGAGCAUGGCUUUCCUCCUCCCUGCCCUGCCCACAUGGCUCCAGGCAGUGCAGCUGGGCUCAGUGCUGUUCCCCAGCUCUAUUCCCCAUGGAAUGACCCUCAUUGCCUGGGCCCCAGGGAAUGAACUCCAUCUCCUUUGGCUACCCAGAUGAGUUUCAUGGUGAUUUGAGGGAUCUCCUGGCUGCAAAGUAUGUAACACCCAUCAUGGGGUGGCGAUGAUUUUCCAAAUCCCUGCAGGGCUGGUGCCUCUGGAUGGCAGGAUAGGGGUUGGGAUUGAGAAGAAUAAUGUGUUUGUGUUUACAAAACAAGCUGUGGGUCUGCUUGUAAAUAAAACUAGCACUUGAGAUAUAAAAGAAGCAGUGGGAAGGAUUCCACUGAUUGAUGAAUGAAAAAAAGCUCUUACAAACAAACUGUAGAUUUGCUGAUCAAUGAAAUUGGAUAUUGAAAGAUGAAAGAAACCAUGGGGAAAACCCAUAAAUUCCAUAAGGAUUAAGAAUUAAAAGGCAGGGAUAUAUAUUAGUGGAGAGUCGUAGGUAUCAGGGAAGUCUGAUUAGGUUCAGAACAUCUGAUUAGUCUGAUAUUAGGUUCUGGGAAUUCUGUACCUCUGAAGUACCACAGUCAAUAGGGAAAGAGAGAGGGAACUGUGGCUGAGAAAUUAGGAUAAAAAGAGAGGCUGUGUCCUCCAAAAAUCUGAGAGAGCCCAGGAGAAUGCCCCAUGGCCUCUCCCUUUAUUCAAGUAAAAUAAAAUGACACUGUCUCCUUUUUGGACGUAAACCUCUGGUGUUUGUGGAUUGGCUUUCCUGACCAACUGGGAACUCAUGUCUGGGAUAUUUCCGCCAUCCGGGGCGGUGGGCAGCAAGCAGAGCUGACGGCGCCUCACCAGUUUGGGUGAUCAGCUCCCCUUGGUGCCGGCUGGUACUGGGUGAUCGAUUGGGUUCUCGAGACUGUCCAGGAGAGAGACGAGUGGCGGACCAGAGGGGUCUGUGGAGAGUCUGCCAGGAAGAACUGAAAAUCUCAGCAGUGAGUAAAAUGGGAUCUUCAGAGAGCAAACCUGAGAAAGCACCAGUGGAGGGUAGCACAGGUAAAACAGGACACCCAGGGAGGGUAGCACAGGUAAAUCAGGACACCCAGGGAGGGUAGCACAGGUAAAACAGGACACCCAGGGAGGGUAGCAGAGGUAAAACAGGGCACCCAGGGAGGGUAGCACAGGUAAAACAGGGCACCCAUGGAGGGUAACACAGGUAAAUCAGGACACCCAUGGAGGGUAGCACAAGUAAAUCAGGACACCCAGGUAGGGUAGCACAGGUAAAACAGGACACCCAGGGAGGGUAGCACGGGUAAAACAGGACACCCAGGGAGGGCAGCACAGGUAAAACAGGACACCCAGGGAGGGUUGCAGGGGUAAAGCCAGGAAGGGGCCCCGGCAAAAGGAAUGAUGGUCCCAUAAUAUCCCUGGAGAGUGCCUUGUGGAGAAUGCUGAAGUCUUGGCAUAGAUUAUGCAUUCAUCCAGAGGUAACUAUGGAUAUAAUGGUAAAAUAUUGUUAUUUUGUGUGGCCAGUGUGUAAUUUGCCAAAGAGGUUUAUAUGGCCACCUGAUGGAACAGAUAGAAUUUGUUUGAGUUGAAUUUUGUGCAGGUAUUUAGAGGAGAAUUGGAAAUGGAUUGUUAGGGAUGUCAGGGGCUCCCAUUAUAUCAAGGACCCAAGAGCCUGGAGCCCUUGAUAACUUUUAAAGUGGGUCCAGAUUGAGAGGAGGUGUGUUUUCUGGCAGACACAGGGGCCUCUUGAUCCACAUUAAAUUUCAUACCUAAAGGGGGGAAAUUAUCAAAAAGAUCACUGGUAUUUUAAGGAGUGAGCGGAAAGGAGGAGCAAGUGCAUUUUAUUCAAUCACUAUUAGUAGAUGUGGGGGGCAGGUUUAAAAUGCAUGAAUUCCUAUUUGUUUCUAAUUGUGAUUGUAAUUUCCUGGGAAGGGAUUUGAUGGCUAAGGUGGGAAUGCAAAUUAGUAGUGAAAAAAAUGACACAGAGACCAACACUGUGAUAUCUUUGUGUAAAAUGUCUGAGAAGGCUUAUGCUGAAAUAAAUCUGGAAGCGAUGGCAGCCCCAGGGAAAUACAGAAAAUCAGACAUAGAGCCUCUCCAAGUUACUUUGAAGCAACCAGGACAAGUGGUGUCUAAAAAGCAAUACCCUCUUUCAAGGGAGGGAAAGAAGGGGUUACAGCCUGUUAUUGAGUCCCUACUAAAGGCAGAUCUUUUGGAGCUGUGUAUGUCUUCCUAUAACACCCCUCUCCAGCUGGUUAAGAAACCAGAUGGAACCUAGAGAAUGGUGCAGGAUUUAAGAAUAAUAAAUGAAAUUCUCAAACCAAGGCAUCCCACAAUUCCAGAUCCCUAUACAAUCUUGAAUCAGAUCCCUUCUUCACAUCAGAAUUAUUCUGUACUGGAUUUCAAGGAUGCGUUCUGGGGGUGUCCGAUUACAGAAGAUAGUAAACAGUAUUCUGCCUUUGAGUGGGAACAGGAGGAAGGAGGGAAAAUGAUAAAACAACAAUUGACAUGGACAGUACUCCCUCAGGGAUAUACUGAGUCGCUGGUUUUGUUUGUGCAAGCUUUGCAGAAAAUAUCAAGAGAGUUUACUCCACCCUCAGGAGUUAAGUUGUUGCAGUAUGUGGAUGAUUUGGUCUUAUCCAGGGGAACAGGAAAUGUGGUUGAAGAGGCUACUGUAAAGCUGCUUAAUUUUCUUGAAAAAAAAAAAAAAAGGACUUAGAGUGUCCAAAACAAGGCACAGUUGGUAGAAAGGAAGGUCAAAUAUUUGGGACACAGUCUGACUGGAGGGUUGCAGUGUAUUGUUCCAGAAAGAAUAUAAGGAACUUUAGAAGUACCAUUACCGCACACACACACAAAAAAAAGAGUUGUGACAGUUUUUAGGGUUUGUGGGGUACUGCAGAGUAUGGAUUGAGGAUUUUCUGUUGUGGCCAGAACUUUAUAUGACUUUUUAACCCAAGACAGUCCUAAUGUCGUGGUAUGGACACCGGAAGGAGAGCAAAGCUUUAGAAAAUUAAGACAAAUUGGUAAAUGCACCAGUUUUAGCCCUUCCAGACUCAGAAAAGGAAUUUGAACUAUAUGUGGAUGUUAAACAGAGUCAUGCUAAAGGAAUUUUGGUGCAAGAGCAUGGGGGGACACCAAGACCUGUUGCCUAUUUUUCUAAGCUGUUAGACCCAGAGGCUGGCCCCAUUGCCUGCAGAACUGCGCAGCCACAGCUCUGAUGGUGGCUGAGGCCCGAAAGCUGACAAGGGGAGGGUAUCUGAUUGUUGAAGUUUCACAUCAGAUUAAAGCUUUGUUAACUGAGAGAGCCUCUAGGUGGAUGAUGAGGGUUCAAUUAUUACAGUAUGAAUCUUGUUUAAUGGAGCAGGAGGAUUUAGAAUUUGAAAGUGGGGAAGGGUUUGACCCAGCGUCCUGUUUGAACAGCCCUUAAGAGGGGGCCAGGAAGGAACCCAUGAGUGCACUCAGGUGAUAGAUCUCCAGACCCGGGCUAGGGAAGAUUUAUGAGAUACUUCCUGGCCUGAGGGAGAAAAUAAAAAGGGAAACUGUGGAGAGGGCUUACAGCUGGUCUGUGAGCCAGAGAGACUUAAUUGAUAAGGUUUACUUCUGAAAGGAAUUUUACAAAGGCCGUUGGUAUGGAGACCAAGAAGAGAAGAAGGAGAAGAUAAGCAAGAAAAAACCUGCAGCUGGAGAAAAGUAUUUUUUGAAAAGUUUUGUGAAAAACAGAGGUGGAGAUGGUUUUGCACCAAUGAACAUUAUGUUUAUCUGUUGUAACCAAUGAAUAAAGUGCAAACUUCGUAGAGUGUAUAAAAGAUAACCGGCUGAUGUAAUAAACAGAUUUUAGCCUUCUGA